AUGUCGGGUUCUUGUGAACAAUAUUUGGCCGAGCAUACAUCGUCAAGCUCUGCAAACAAUGGUCGUUGCUCGCCGUCGGGUUCGAGUAGCUCGGACGCGGCCUCGUCGGCGUCUUCUCGCCUUACGCCGACGACGGACACUCCGGUUGGCGGGCAUGAGGAGGUCGUCUUAUCUGAAAAUGACGAUGUUGUUGAGGUGGACCCCUACGACGCUGGGAGGUCGGUUUGUGAGCCUCUCGAUCUAGCCGACCUGAUCGAAUUCUGCGAGAUCGACUUUCCAGUUCAUUUCCGCAUCCCCGGGACGAGCGAAAGGGCCUUCUCGUGUCCCGACGGAUGGAUAUGUCUUUAUACGACGCUUUUUUCUAAGGCCGGGAUGAAGUUCCCACUCCCGGCGUUUUUGAUGGAUUUCUGCCGCAGACGCGAUAUUGCGUUGUCGCAGCUCUCCGUCUCUUCUCUGCGCAACGUGGUCAUCCUUCAAGACAUUGCUCGGCGAUGUGGAGUUACCCUUACGGCUCCUCUGAUGGAGGAGAUGAUGGGGAUGUCCAGGAUCGCCAACAACCCCGGCCUUCACUAUCUGAAUGUUGCGUCCGGAUGUAAGCUGGUUAUGAAUCUCCCUAACAAAGUUCACCAUUGGGAGAACAAGUAUUUCUUUGCCGAGGUCGACCCGUUUAUUGUCGAGGACAUAUCGAUCGCGUGUCGGACCACGUGGAAUUUAGCCCACGAGCCGAUCGUCAAAUUUCUCAAUCCGCCGGUUCCGAACUUCGUCGAUACGAGAGAAUUGUUGAAGAGGCAGGCGGCACUUGACUUCAAGACUGUGCCAGUGUUGAAGGAGAGAAAAAAGGGGAAAAAGGGGAAGAAUCCGAGAGGUCGUGGAGGUAUGGUUAAGAUGUCAGUACCGAGUUAUUCGGCCCGGACGAACAAGGGUCGUAGUGGUGGUAGGCACGAAGCUCGAAGCAAACACCCGGUUAGCCGUCCCCCACCGGACCACGGUGGUCGGCGCGGAAAAGACCUUGCGAUUUGUGCGGCUGCGGCGCAGAGGAGAAGAGAGGAGUUAUCGUUCAAAACGCCUGCUCCUGGGGGGGACGACUCUCGAAAGCGUCGCAAUUCGCCGAUCUGUGAGAGCGGCGCUGCUCAGAAAAAGGCUCGUCCCAAUUCCCUUGAUCCCGCUGACAAGGGCAAGGGAGUUGAAACGCCGUCCACGGCUAUUCGCUUGCCGUCCGACUUGGAGACCCCGUUUCUCUCAGACAAGCAGGCAUGCGGUGAACUUCUCCGCGACAUGGCCAAGAUUCCUGGGACUCUUAUGGCGAGCGAUUUGAUUGAGUCUGACUUGGUGAACGAGUGGGCUCGCGAUCAGCUUCGGGCGAACUGUUCGGCCUGGGGUAUAAUCGAGAAAUACGACCGCAAAUACCGGAAUGCUAAGGCCGACAACGAGACCAAUUCGAUCGGCCUAAAGGAGCAGAUGAGAGCGGCGAAUCGGUCCAGGGCUAAACUUGAGGAGGUCCAAAAGGAGAAGGAGUUGCUCGCUGAAGAGAACAAAGAGCUUCGCCGCAAGCUGGAAGAUGCGAAGGUUGCCGAGGACGAACACGAGGCCAAGGCGAAACUUGCUGUGGAUGCCAAGGCUCGUUCAGUUGCUCGCGAGAUGGAGGACAAGUACCGAACUCGCUCCGACCGAAUUCGGCAGUACAUCUAUGAUUCUCGCUUCUCCCUCCAGGCCAUGAUGAUGAAGGCGCAGGCCGAGGGUUGUAUGCAAUUGGCUGAGACUUUGCUCGAAAGUGGCGUCCCGAUUCCUGAUGAAACUUUAGCUUCCUUAAAGAGUGGGGAGAGAAGGUGGGACACUGUUGUCGAUCGGCUGGAGAUUGAGCCUUUGGUUAAUGAUGGGUACGUCGUUUCGCCCCCUCCUUCGCAGAGGCCGGUUUGUGCUGUUUUGCCGUACGACGUCGUCUUCGAUGUUAAGGAGUACGAGUCGUUCAUGGAUCCUGAGGAGUUGGAGAUCGAGGGAGAGGAGGUCGCUCCGGUCGAAGGUGAAUGCGGAGCUGAUGGUCCUGUCGGGAACGAGCGAGAGGUUGAUCUUGACUCCAACGUCGAGGUGACACAGCCGAACGAGGGGGAGAAGGUGACGAACGAUCGGGAUGAUGAGUUCGUCGAUAUCGAGAAUCUUGAGCCUGAGACUGAGACUUCAGCAGUGAUCCUUGCUCGCCAGGAGGAGGCUUCGACAUUGGAGGUUGCUGCCGAGAGAUCUGUUGCCGAACAGGGUACCGGGGUUUCCGACGCCGAGGUUACUGCGCCUGAUGAUGUUCCAGCUGCACCCGAUGCUCCUGUUGUCGAGACUGCGGAAUAG